UAUAGAAGGUGGUAAAGUAGUUUUAAAAAGUGUGACUACUGUUAUAAAAUGGAAUCCUUUUGACAAAAUCAUGCAUAAAAAGAAAACUCCAAUCCAUUUGAAAAAUACAGUUCAAUUACUUUUCUUUUUUUCUAUAGAAGCUCAGAAGAGUUUGAAACAUUAGCCAUUUUAUUGACUGUACAGACAUUGAGUUUUAGAGCACCAGAUGUGGCAGGUGUUUCCUCAGUGUGUCUGUCCAAGACAGAUGUCAAUUAGGUUUACCUGCUAAACAGAACAUGCAUUGGAGAGACAACUCGAUGAGUUCAACACAACAAAUAAUUUGCGUGAGACUAUGGAUCUAAAAGAGGUUGCAAUACACUGCACGACAGCUGCAGUAGAAUUUAUUUAUAUUGAUUAAGCUAGCCGAACAACAUCAGACACUCAGCAUAAAGCAUAAACAAGACGGCAUCAUGUACUUCAUUCAGCAGACCUUCCUAACAAACCACAAUACUGCUAUAAAAACAUCCUCCAGUACUUUAAUCUGCAACUAUUUUCUGAAUUAUAUUUAAAUGUGGGCCCAAAUGAAGAAAAUAACUGACAGAAACACAGAUGUUCAUACCUAAGAGAGAUCCCUCUCCUGUUGAGGGCUGUAAUUGCAGUUGGAAUGAAUGAUUUUUUUUUUUUGUAUACUUCUUUCCUGAUUCCCUGACACACAAACCUCUCUAUCUGAUCAACCUGAUUUCCCUUUAAAAGCUGAGAUGUGGCUGCUGCUCUGUCUCUGCCCACAUGACACAACUCCUCUGAUUUCUCACCAAUAGUUGUGAUCGACAGCCAAUUGAUAAGUGUGAGAGACUCUGUACAGCUUGAAUAUAACUCAAAGAACAGUUUCAGCAAUUAUGAUCAGGUUCUGCAAAUUAAUUUACAAAAAUGUUUGUACAAAUUGCCAGAACAGCUGGUUGUGGAGCAUCAGUAGAUAGAUUCAGUUUUCCUUCUCAGCGGAUUUGACUGACAGAGGAUCUAUCAAGUUGAGGAACGACCGAUUGCUGUUUAUAUUUUCUGAAUUUUUAAUUUGAACAGCAAGAGAAAAAGGCACCUGACAGGCCUGCGCGUUGUUGUCGUUGUUGUUUAUUUUAUUCUAGGGCUUCCUUUGAGUUGUUGCAGCAACGGGAUGCUCACUAGGCAACGGCACACGCUGCUAAUGCCAAGAGUUGGUCCUGAUUGGGGUUAUUAACCAUUUGAAAAUAUCUUCUGGGCUCAAGCUUUGACUUCCUGGCUGAUGCCUGGAAAUGUUGCUUCAGGAUUUGCACAUAAUGUUCUUUCGUCCUGAUGUCUUCUAUUUUGUGCAGUGCAAAAUGGCAGCCUGUGGCGAAACCCCUAAAACAUGACGCUGCCACCCAUGUCCUUAAAAGUUAAAAUUGUGUUCUCAGGCAUUUUUCAAUUACUGUAUGCUCUAAUACAGGGGUGGGCACUCCUGGUCAUCGAGGGCCAGUGUCAUGCGACUCUUAGAUGUCUCCCUGAUCAAACACACUUAAAUCCAACAGCUGAAUCACCUCCUAACUGCAGUCAAGUUCACCAGGGUCCUGCUAAUGGCCUCAUUAUUUGAUUCAGGUGUGUUGAAGUAGAUACACAUCUAAAUGUUGCAGGAGACUGGCCCUCGAGGCCUGGAGUUGCUCACUCCUGCUCUAAUACUUCAAUAUUAAUUUAAUAAGGAGACAGAACACGUCUUCAAAAACAUUGGUAACUUUUAUUCAGGGCAUUUACAAACUGAUCUGGCUUUCCACGUGGCUAACUUCUUCCUGUCUAAGUGGCCUUUCAACCAUGACUUGUUCUGUCAGGAUUUUCACAAAGACUUUUGCUUUUGUUCUGUGGUUGAUUUGCACGUUUUGGCCUAGACACAUUUUUCUUACAAAACAAGUUCCUUCACCUCUUCAAACAUUUUAUUCACAAGUACAAUUUUUUGAACAUGUCUGGAAAUUGUACCCGUGAAUGCACCAAUUCUUUUCCUUAUAUUUCGAAAUAUGUCCACAGAUUUGGCUCUUGUUAACUCGGGGGUCGUGAAUUUUUUUUAAAGUACAGCCUCUAACCACGGGGCUUUCCCGAGUUGCUUAAAAGGAUAGCAAAUAAUUUCAGUAAUUGUAACUGACCUAAAACAGAAAAAGUUACGUCGUCUUAAUCUAAAAGAAGAAAUUGUCUUUUGUCUUUAUGCAGAAUAUACGUAAAUGUCUGAUUUCAAAUGUAUUUCUUUUUUCUUCAUAUUUUUAUUUAAGUUUUUUUUAAAUGUGACAAAAAAAUUUAAUAAAAGGUUUUGGGUCAUUUUGUCAAGUACAAAAUCUUUCUGUACUUAGCAGAUAAAGAUUAUUUACUCGUGUACAUUGCUGGUUUGUCUUCCUGGCUGCGUCCUCUGCUCAUCUGGAGUCGUGCUCUUCCUGAAAUCCUCCGCUGUGAUGCAUCCAUCUGGCUGGAGCUCUCAGGAGGACGACUGUAUUUUUAGGCCUGUAAACAGAGACCUAUCCUGUGCCAAAGAACCAUUAUUUUCAGGGGACAAACACUUAAAGUUCUGUAGUAGUUAUGCUCCUCUUGUGAGGACAUUUGAAAGACUCCCCAAAGUGGGAGUCGUAAACCAUGUAGAGAAUUAGAGGAUUUUUAAAUAAUAGAAAUCAAAUAGCUAGAAAUAUUUACUGUGACUAUAAUGAUGAAGCUAUUGUAAACAUAUUGUGAAAGCAGCUUUUAUCUCCUUGGGUUUAAGCCAACAGCUUUCCUGUACUUGCUGAAGAAACGCAGCUUCACAGUAGGAUGCUGGCGCUAAACUAUCCCUGCAGGGAUGGUGAUUUCAGGGAGAUGUGCAAUGUUAGUUUUCCUCCACAUAAAACAUUUUCCAUGUAGAAUUUUUUUAUUUGUAUUUAUUUAGUCUAAUCAGAGCAUCCUUUUCCAAAUGUUUGUUGUGUUCAUUGUAAGGUUUUUGUCAAACUGAUAAGCUUGUCAAAAACCUUGACUGACAGCCACAGUACAUCAUUGUAUAUCUGUGUUGCCUUUCGUUUGCAUAUUAAAAUGCUGCUUUAAUUCAAUAAAGCUCCAGCAUAUGCAAGUGAAUCUGUAGCAUGUCUAAUUAUUCUUCAGGGACGCAGGUCGUAACUGAUGUUUAUUAUACAUCAACACGUAUUGUGGCAUCUCGCUAAAUAAUCCCAAUAAAUAAAAAUAAUCAUUUAAAAACUGUUACUAGUUUACUUACUAAUGUUAUUUUUGUCCAAACAAAAUUAGUUUGAUGCAAGUGUAGCCAAAACAAAGUACAAGUGUGAAAGCAAUUUAAUUCCUGUUAAAAAAGUAAAAGAAAAAAAAAAAAAAGUUUAAAAAGGCCUUCGGCUCAAAUCCCGAACCAAAAUUUAAUAGGCUAGCAAUUAAGUUUAUUUAUGUUUAUUUUUAUUUUUUUGCUGUUUCUACGACACUCUGUCAAAGUCAGCAGGGUUUGGAAAAUGUUUGUUUAUUAAAUAAGUACAACCACUAUCGUUGACAACCAAUGCUUGGUGAUAGAUAAACUUGGGUUGCUACGGGCAUCGUGUUCUUUGACUGACUAAAUGAAUCUUUUUGCAGACGGUAAGUCUGCUAAUAAUGCAUGUAAUGCAUGUUUGAAAUGUAAGAAAUAUUGCAACAACAUAAAGCAAUUAAAAUGAAUGUCAAAGACUCAUCCAUCCUUAAUAGUAAGCCAUUAUGAUGAAAUGUGGCUGUUUUAUUUGCUUAUACGUUCUACAGAAUGAAUUACAUCUGUUUUAAUCAAUAUUAUGUUGUACUAGAAAUACUUGUGUCUGUUUAAUGCUUAUCAGCUCUUGUCCUUGUUCUCUCAUUCUCAUCAGCGGCACUCUUUCCUUUCUAGUACUGCUGCAAAUUGUCAUCAACACUUAUUUAUCUUCACUAUGUUGAACUGUAAGUGUGAAUUCUACCAUUUUCCUUCAUAAUAAGUUAUAGGAUGAGGACGCAUUUAUUUAUUUUGUUCAUGAGGAAAAAAUGGAAUAAAUAAAAAUGACUAUGUUUGCUGUCAUAAUUCAUUAAAUUGUACCAAGAAAAGAAAAAGAUGAAUGUUAUACUUUUGAACAUUAUCCAUACCUAAACAAACUCUACUAACAUUUUAGUGACUCCAUGGUGAUAAUAUAAUAUCUGCUUUACAUUAUUUCAUUUAAACAAGUUUCUAUUAUUUAAUUUUGCAAAUAAAUAGUAUUAAACAAUCAAGAAUUUAAGAGUUCACGUCUAUUAGUGAAUAUCAGUGUAUAUUUUCUUGGGCCAGUGAGGUUUUCUGACUCUGAUGUAAAACAGCAAAAAACUGUUCACUCAAAAAAACUUUUUUUUUUUGGAAAGUAGGAAUUUGAAAUUAGCUUCCUUGAUGUCAUGCUACAAAUUAAAUCACUCAUCUUUCAGAAGAAUGACAUCUGGAGAAUUCUGAAAACUGUACCAACUAAAUUAGAGUUUAGUAUUUGGUUCAUUUUGACUAUUUUUAUUGGCAAAAUGUCAAUGUCAUUAUACUUCUUUGAACUCUGGACCAUUUUUUACUUUUUUAAAAGUUAUCAGGUUACAUUUAACUAGGCUGAAUAUCAGAAAUGACAAAGACCUACAUUUACAGCAAAUCUCAUGACAAUGGGUUGACAGCAUACACAGAACAAGUCAUUGUAGGUGUGCCUGUAAUCUGAUUGUCUUUCCUGUCAUACUCCCUUCUGAGAGCUAAUGAAAGUGAAUAAUUAUUCAUAAUUACUAUGCUUGGCUGUGUUUUCUCUAUCUUCUUCAAAACCUCAUAGUUGAAGAAGCAUUCUCCAUCCCAGUAAUUCCGCUUGCCUACAGAUUUUUCUAAACGCUGGUUGAAAAAAAAAAAAAAAAAAAAGACAGCCAGCAAUCACAGCCUUUCCUUUCAGUCACAGUCCGCUUCCUGCAUGGCAGGAAUGCUAAAUGUAGCAAAACUGGAAAGUGACUCGUGACAAUCAGCCUGUUCUGAGAUGUUCCUUGCUUGGAAAGUAUGAAAAACAUCAAUAUGCAUUCAGUUCACUGAUCACCUCCUUCACAGUUUUCAAACCGCAGUUGAUUAACUUGGUCAACAAUGUUGAAGUGCUGUAACUCUCCAGAGGAACGCAGGAGCAGAGAAAUAGAAAAAGAGCUUCGAAGGGACAAAAAAGAACUGAAAAAGGAGGUGAAGCUGCUGCUUUUAGGCACUGGUGAAAGCGGGAAGAGCACCUUUGUCAAACAGAUGAGGAUCAUCCAUGGCAGAGGAUACAGUGAAUCUGAAAGGAAAGGUUUUACCAAGCUGGUGUGUCAGAAUAUCAUCACAGCCAUCCAGGCUCUAAUUGAGGCCAUGAGGACUCUGAAGAUCGACUUUGUUGAUGACGAAAAUAUCAGCUAUGCAGACAAACUGAGACCAGUGGAUUCAACCGAGGUGUACAGGUUAGAUUUCUGGCAGGUGGAUGCAAUUAAGCGAGUAUGGAGUGACCUCGGGGUGCAAAAGUGUUAUGACCGGAGGAGGGAGUUCCAGCUGUCAGACUCUGCUAAAUAUUAUCUGAGUGAUAUGGACAGAAUCACGGCCCUAGAUUAUGUUCCCACUCUGCAGGACAUCUUGAGGGUCAAGGUUCACACCACGGGCAUCAUAGAAUACCUGUUUCCCAUGAAAACAGUAUUCAGGAUGGUGGAUGUGGGUGGCCAGCGUUCACAAAGGAAGAAAUGGAUCCACUGCUUUGAAAAUGUCACCUCCGUCAUAUUCCUGGCAGCCCUCAACGAAUACGAUCAAGUCCUGUACGAAAGUCAGACAGAAAACCGACUGAGAGAGAGCCUCGCCCUGUUCAAGACUCUCAUUUCAUCUGAUUGGUUUAAAAAGUCCUCCACUAUCCUCUUUUUGAACAAAACGGACCUGCUGCAGGAGAAAAUCAAAACAUCACAUUUGGCAACUUACUUCCCAAAGUACAAAGGGCCUCAAUAUGAUGCUGAAUCGGCAAAACACUUCAUCCUUCAGAUGUACACCAGGCUUCACAAAGGGCAGGAUAAACCCCUCUACACACACUUUACCUGUGCCACAGACACUGAGAACAUCCAGUUUGUCUUCGAAUCAGUGGAAGACGCAAUAUUAAAAGAACAUUAUAAACAGUGGGGAGUUUUAUAAACCAGAACCAAGUUAUAAUGCUUCACAAAGAACAUCCAUGCUGUCUUCAAACCAAUCAAAACCAAUUUUCCUCGAACUGCUGCCGUUUUUAAGCCCCAGAAUGAAUGAGGUUGUUGGUUAUUUGGAUCAUAACAUCCUGGGGAUGAUUACAUAUUCCAGAAAUUUCAAUGAAUAUUUUAUUGAGGAAGAAUGCCACAUGUCCUGCCUUACAGCUUUGAGAGGCGGAAAUUAAAAAUAGCUCUGCAAUCCUUAGAUUAUACUAAUGCUAAUGUUAAUGUGUUGAGUGAAAUAAAUAGUUUUGCUCCCAUUAUCUUUAUUACAUGUUUUAAAUUGUGUUAAAGUGUAUCUGUGUGUUGACACUUUAGAUUGUACAUUUCAAAAAAUACUCUUUUUUUUUGUUUUUACAUAAUUAUAGUAAAAGACUGUUUAGAAGCUGUUCUAGCUGCUACAUUUGGAAGAAAUAUAGAUUUUGUCUUUAUUUGCCUGUGUUAUUUUAUUUCUGUACAUUACAGUGUAAAUAUGAAAGCAGAUACUCACAAUGACAAGGCUGCAUGCAGUUUAUCAUAGCUUUGUUUUUGUUUUUCUUUAUAUCUUUGCCAGAUUUAGAUUUAAAUUAUAAGUUUGUGUCUGAUAUGAAAUGAGAUUGUUCAAUAAAACAUAUAAAAUGUUUUUAUGUACAAUCUAAUCAAAAAAGUUCAUGUCUAUUAGUACAUUAAAAAGUAUAUUCCCUUCUCAGCCAUCAACAGAAAAAUCUUUACUGGCAAUGCAGAAAUCUAAUUAUUUAAAUAAUUUCUGACCAGCUUUUGAACAUUCCCACUGGUGGCUAAUGUAUUUAUUUGUUAUGACAACCUCCAAGUCUUUGAAGAUGGAAGGCCUCGAUGCCAUCACACUUAUUAAUGUUAACUCCCUUUACUGAUUCAAAUCAGGGCUUUUUCUUUUAGUCUAAAAUGGAUUUGAUGUUGUUGUUUCAGAAGGAAGGAAUUAACUUUUUUGUGGUAAAGGUUUUCAUGAUACCUCUCUUCUUUAAUCUGGAUAACUUGUGACUUUGCAGCUUCCCAGGAAAGUACAACAAAGCCACUUUGACAAAAGAAAAGAACUUGAACAGCAUGUCUUCAUUGGCCUUAAGCACAGUCUGAAUCACUCCAGGGUGUGCCCAAAUCUUUAAAAAAAUAUCUUUUCAGCCGUGUUCACUUUUGGCCAAAGGCAAGUUAUAAAGCUGUCUCACGCAAAGAAGACCAUCUGAAAACUA